AUGACCGAAGUAAAAAUUGAGACUCAAAGCAAUAAUCUUUCUAACAAGAUCAGCUUUACUUUCUUCUAGGAUAAAAUCAUAUCAGUGGCUGAAGACACAAUCAUGAAUAUCUACGAUGCUAAAUCUCAUAAGUUAUUGAAAUAAGUUUACCUUGAUAAUGAAUACUUUGCAGUUGCAUCGAAUAAUGUUGAUAAGAUAGCUCUAGGGGGAGAAAAAUGUCAAAUUGAUAUUCAUAACUUAUUCUAAAAUGGGGUGAUGGAUUCCGACAAUUUUGUAGAGAAAUUGGAAAAUACUACUUUCAGCGAACCAUCACUUGCAAUGAAAUUCAGCUCUCCAGUCUAGAGAAUCUAAUGGACUGGCAAAUUUAUUUUAGGAUUCUCUGAGGAUUCUGAAGCCUAGCUUUAUAACUCAGAUACUGAAAAAGUACUAACUUUCAAACCUGGACAUGAAGGUAGCAUUAAAAAUGGAGCGAUUGAUCCAUUAGGAGAGUAUUUAGCAACUACAGGAUGUGAUGGAAAUGUUAUGAUCUACGAGUUACCUCAAGGAGAAGACGGAGAGAUCACAAUGGUUAAAAAAAUCAAAAUAUCUAAGAUGAAAGGAUUUAAAACUUUUGAUAAGUAUCCCUUAGAUGUGACUUGGACAUAAGACGGAUCUAUGAUUUUAGUUAGUGGAGAACCUUAAUUAGGAAUGAUUAAAAAAGAUGAGGACUGGAAAUUAACCUAUUCAUCUGAGAUUAUGCAUAAAAUGAGGAAAGAUGAUACGAAGCAAAACAUCAUUACUACUCUGACUUGGAUUAAUGACUCUGUUUUAGUAACUGGAGGUUCAGAUAAGAUUAUAAACUUUUGGAACUUUACAAAUAAACAGCUGCUUUACUUUAUGCAUAUUAAGAAUGAGGCUCUUGAAGUCUAAUACUGCUUAAAGGAGUUUUAAAGCUUUAAUAUCAACUCAAUGAAUGAGAAUGAUAUAGAUGAAGCGAUGAUUGAUGAAAUCGAUGUUUCAUAAGAUGACCUAAAAAUGGAGACAGAAGAAUAGAAAGUAACUGAUAAUGCUCAAUAAAUAGUAAAAUCGCAAGCAACUGUAGUUCAAAAUGGCGAUUAAGAUAUUAUGAAUUAAGCUAAAAUUUCAAAAGCAGGCAGAUCAAUACUGAAUUAAAAUAACCCAAAAGAAGUUAAGCCUAAAGAAGUAGUCAGCAAGGCAGACUAGAUAAUUGAUUGCUAUCCAUAAGAUACUAUGAUUUCAAAUUGCCAAUAUGAUUUCCCAGUCGGCAAGUAUAGAAUCCUAGCUUGGAACAUGGUAGGUACUGUAACCUUGAGAGAAGAGUUUGAUUACACAUCAGUUGAUGUUGAUUUCAGCAACAAGGGAUUCCACAGAAAUCUGAUGUUCAGAGAUGAUUAUCAUUUUUCAAUGGCAUCAAUGAAUUAUAGUGGCUUAGCAUUAGCUAGCGAAGCUGAGAAAGUCAAUGAAGAUGAUUAUGAAGAAGACGAUCUUGAGGAAGACGAAAUGGAAUCUGAUGCUAAAAAAGCUGAGAGAGAAUAGAAAAAACUCAGGAAACACUCACAUAUCUAUUUCAAGCCCUUUUCUCAGUACAAAACUCUUAGAGAUUGGCAUUAUCAGCUAGACCUUGGAGAAAAUAUUGAGUGUUUAGCUAAUGGAUCUGACUGGGUUGCUAUUUACACAAACCUUAAUUAUGUUAGAGUGUUUUCUAAUGAAGGCAUCUAGAAAUACAUUUUCAGUUUGGCAACACCACUAGUAUCAAUGACUGGUUAUGAAAACUUACUGUCCAUAGCAUAUCAUGCUGGUCCCCCAGUAUAUGGAUGCUAAGCAAUGAAAGUUAGAACUUAUGAUAUGAAUUGUAAGAAUUAUUCUAUUAUCAGUGACAUCGAGUGCCCCUUAAGCAGGACUUCAAAUCUAGUAUGGAUAGGAUAUUCCGAAGAAGGUCAAUUAUUUACUCAUGAUGUUGAAGGAAUUAUUAGAUGUCUCAAUCCAUUGAACAACUAAUGGAUUCCAAUUCUCGACUUUAAGCAAAAGCUUCCAAGCAAUUUCAGCUAAAUUUGGAUCGUCGGUAUUUCAGAAAAAGAAGUACUAGCGAUAGAACUUCCUAAGGGCUAUUAAGCACCUCAUCUUAAAUAGUAAUCCAUGAUUAGAAGGUUCUAGCUCAAAUUGCCAUUCUUAGAGUAAGAGAGAAAAGAUAUUGAUUCUAAAGAUAUGACCCUGCCUUAAAUUGAAGAGGAAAUUAUGAGGAAGGUUUAGUUAUUAGAUUUCGAAACUUACAGAAAAGAUUAAUGGGAGCAUUUAAGGCAUUUCAGGUAGAAGUAUGACAACAAUUAUAUGCUAUCUGAAACUAUUUUGGAUUCAACAAAGCUUACAAAUCUCAAGAAAGAGAUAGAUAAACUGAUCCUUAAUGCAAUUAGACUCUGCAUCAUAAGUGAUGACUAAGAUAAAGUUUUCACAUUUAUGGAUAUGAUGCAUUUCUCAUAAAGUCUUAAACUAUGUGUUCAGCUCUGCGAUAAUCUAUAAUCAAAUGAUCUUGCCUAAAAAAUCAGCAAGUUCAUCUAAGAUAAGGAGCAAAAGGAUAUCAUGCUUGAUUCUUAUAAGUCUAGCUCAAAUAAUAAGAAUACUAUUGCUUCAAGGCUUGAGGGCAGAAAAAUCUUCAGAAGUGCACACACUGCAUCAUCAAAUGAGAAACCAGAUUUGUCUUAAUUCGCCAUCAAUAACUAAUCUUAAACAGUAAUUGUAUCCUAAUUUAAUAAUGAGGAUACUCAAAUGAAUCAAAACUAAAUCAGUUAAGGAAAUGGUCUUCAUAUCAAGAUGAAUCUUAAUAAUAAUGAUAAUUAGGACAGCGAAAAUAUUAGAAAUUCUAGCAAUUAGGUAGCAUAAAAUGCAGUUUAAGAAAAAGUAUUAACCUAAAAGAACAAUGUAAAUUACAUAACUCUAAAAUUUAUCAUUAGGCGAAUCCAUUUGCUAAGAAACAAGUAGUAGAUCUUAAUAAGAAACAAACAAGUGGAAAUACCACAGACAUAUUCAAGGAUCUCUCUGAAGCUAAAUAAAUAAAUCCAUAAAUAGGAUAGAAAAGACUAAAUGUAUCAAUUAUUCAUAUUUUUAAUAAUAAUUUAGCCCUUUGCAAGUGAAAAUAAACCAGCUGCAAGCAAGCAGAAGAAGUUGAAAUGA